AUGGACGUUAUCGGCGGGAAGGUGGACGAAAUUUUUGAAAUGUCCAUUGUCCCUGAAAAGCCACUGACAUCAGACAAUCGAUUAUCUCCAUGUCAUGCAACCCUGCCGAUACCAAUAUGUGGACCAAUAAGUAACAUACGGGACUUUGUGGAAACGACUAUAGUGCUGAAGAAGGACAAACAUGAGCUUGGAAUCAGUGUAGCUGGUGGGAAUGAUACUUAUUUAGAAUCGGUAUGUGUGACUAAAGUCCAUAAAGGUGGAGCAGCUUAUAAAGAUGGACGGCUCCAAGCCGGUGACCUUCUUCUAGCAGUGAAUGAAAUCCCCCUAUGGGGUCUUCCAGCUGCUGAAGCUCUUCGUUCUUUGAGAGAAGCGCCAUCUUUAGUAAGAUUGUUGGUUCUCAGGGAAAACCCACAAAAACUUUUCACCACAAAUAAAAGCAUAACCAAAUUCAUUACAGAGGAGCUCCGAAAGUCCAGUGUCACCGAAAGGUUAGGUCUUAGCAUGAUGCAGCGAGCAAAUGGCCAAGGGGUUUUUAUUACAUAUGUGCAGCCUGGAAGUAUCGCAGCACGUCACGGUCGCAGAAUUCUCCAAGGAGACCAAAUUUUGGAAAUUAACGGACACAACGUCAGAGAAAGUAACCAAAAAAAUGUGGCAGACAUUCUAAAGAACACUGACGGAGCCAUUGUUCUCCUGCUUGGACGAGUGCCCUCACUAACGGGAACCAUUCAAGAAUGGGCCCGCACUAAACUUCGAAACCGCACUUCCACGUGGUCAGCUUACUCGGAUGCUACGAAAGAAAAACUUCAAGCUCAGCGACCAAGCCUUCCCGUGGGCCAUCAACACACCACCGCGGGCUUUCCAAGCUAUCCCCCCUCUGCGAGCCCGUCUCGAGAGGUUAGUCCCAGUGCCAGCUCCCGACGGUUAAGGCUCAGCAUAGUUACAGAGAACAAACAUGGUCUAGUAGGUGUAAACUGCUUAAAUAGAAGAAAUAAUGACGACAUGGACUUCCACGAACCCGAAGACCUAGUUGACAAUGGCGCAGACCACCCACUUCUUCCUAGUAUAAAAAUCACCAGCUUUUAAACUAGUCCUGACAAAGGUACCUGUACCUCUUUAAGGAUAAUUUUACCUCUGACUCUGAGUAUUAACUAUUCCAACUGAUAUGCCUUGAGGCAGUGACUUUUGUGCUGCGAGCCUUUCUCAAAUACAGGGAGUCGAGUCCAAGAACUGUUCAACUGACUUGAAAAUGUCUCGUGUGAUUUGUCUGCUACAACUGCUGAUGUCACCAAAAUAUUCCAAAACUAGCGGGAAAUCUGCAGUGGCAAAGCCUUUGAAGCUUGCGUUCUGUCACACUGUUAAAUCCUGCUUCUUCACCUACCUCCUCGCAAAGUUACAGAUUUACAGGUUUAACCAAGCUCGUGGUGCAUAUCGCUUGAAAACCUAAUAA